AGUUCUGCACCAAGCACUCCCCGUCUCCCCCGUGCUCUGCACAAAACAGAAGACAAACGACACCGAACCGAGAGAUAAGAGCGAGAAAGAGCGUGUGCGAGAGAAAGAGAGAGAGACAGAGAGACAAACAGUAUUUCAGAGGAGCAAGUCCUCCUUCUCGCAAAGCAAUGUCUGCCCUUAACUGAAUUCAAUGUUCUACUUCUUCCGUGUUUAUGACGCUCCUUUUCCCAUUUCACGUAACGUAACCACUUCUUAGAAGCAAGCAAAAGUGCCCUUGUCUCUGAUUAUUCAAAUCUUGUAGGCCAAUGCUGUCUCUGAGAAACAUUUUCCAGAAGGAGUCUUGAUCCGGCACACAAAGUCCUCCACUGUUCAAGCAUUUUCUUACUUCUUCACAUAAUCAUUUUCAACCAUCAAAGGCUUAGGGAACUCAAUGUUAUUAUAUGCUUAACCACUAAACAGAGAGCUGAUGAGAACGUUACCGUUUGUGCAUAUUCUCAAAGCAUGAAAUGGUAAGUUCCGAUCACGAGUUCUAGAGAAGAAGACUACUCAGCAUUGAUUCAUCUUCUACAAUGAAAUAGUAGCUCAAGAAUUUGAUGGAUUCAAAUCAGGUGACUCCAAACCCUUCUCUUCAUGGCCUAGAUCUACAAACAUUGGCCAAUCUUGUAGUCCAGAAUGCAAUUCAAGCGGCACGCACUCGAAGCCCCAUGAAUCCAAUUACAGACCCUACCAGUCCCUUCUUUCUCCAUCCUGGGGUAGUUCUUGUACUCAAUGCAUGAAUAAGAAAACUCUCCCUCCUCUUUUUCAUAUCGGUUUCUCUCUAUGUUAGUUUCAACACUUACAUAUCUGUAAUUUAGGGUUGAUUUGAUUUUCGAGGGAGCAAAGCAAUGGCGUCUACUUGGGAUCAUAUGGGAGAAAUUGCCAAUGUGGCUCAGUUAACUGGUCUAGAUGCAGUGCGUUUGAUUGGGUUGAUUGUGAAAGCGGCGAGCACGGCGAGGAUGCAUAAGAAAAACUGCAGGCAAUUUGCACAGCAUCUCAAGUUGAUUGGGAACUUGUUAGAGCAGCUGAAGAUCUCGGAGCUGAAGAGGUACCCUGACACAAGGGAGCCAUUGGAGCAGCUUGAGGAUGCUCUCAGAAGGUCAUAUAUAUUGGUGAAUAGUUGUCAGGACAGGAGCUACCUCUACUUGCUGGCUAUGGGAUGGAACAUUGUUUAUCAGUUCAGGAAGGCACAGAACGAGAUUGACAGAUACUUGCGGCUCGUUCCGCUCAUCACUCUUGUUGACAAUGCUCGAGUCAAGGAGAGACUUGAAGUUAUUGAAAAGGAUCAACGUGAGUACACACUGGAUGUUGAGGAUGAAAAGGUGCAGACAGUUAUUUUAAAACCAGAUCCUGACAAAGAUGAUGCUGCAAUGCUGAAGAAAACACUUUCUUGUUCAUAUCCCAACUGUUCAUUCACUGAAGCACUUAAAAAAGAAAAUGAAAAGCUUAGACUAGAGCUACAACGUUCACAAGCAAAUCUUGAUAUGAAUCAAUGUCAAGUCAUUCAAUGGUUGUUAGAUGUCACAGAAAUUGCAGCUCAUACUCUUCCAGAGAAGACUGACAUGGUUCAUAAGAAGGAGGAAUACAAUUAUAAUGAUGUAGAUAAUGACAACGACCAUUCAUCUAGUGAGAAAUACCAAGUUAAAAGUGACCAACUUUCCACAUCAAGAUCAGCAGUUUCCCAAAAGGAUCUGCUGUCAAAUGGAGGUUCAUAUCAGCAUCACUGGCAUAUUGAUUUACUUGGCUGUUGUUCUGAACCUUCUCUUUGUAUGAAGACAUUUUUCUAUCCUUGUGGAACAUUUUCAAAGAUUGCCACUGUUGCAAAAGGCAGGCCCAUAUCUUCUGGAGAUGCAUGUAGUGAAUUGAUGGCAUAUUCGUUGGUUUUGUCUUGCUGUUGUUAUACCUGCUGUGUAAGGAGGAAGCUUCGGAAGAUGUUGAACAUCACCGGAGGCUUUAUUGAUGAUUUUCUAUCUCAUUUGAUGUGUUGCUGCUGUGCCCUUGUGCAAGAAUGGAGAGAAGUGGAGAUCCGCGGAGUUAGUGAUCGUGAGAAGACCAAAACAAGCCCUCCACCUUCCCAGUACAUGGAAUCUUAGAACAAAUGAGAUUGUCUUUUGGUUAUUUAGGGAUCCAAGAGUCUUUGAACCACAUAUUAAAUAGAGGCAAAUGGCUAUUGGGACUCAUAGCAAGACAGAAACUAUGUAUUUCCUUUUUCUUUUUUACUUUUUCCUCAAUGCCUCUGGCCUCAUUUACCCAUGUGUAAAGCUUACAGAUUUAGCCACUGAUGUAUUGGUUUCCUUGUUUAAUAUAAUUUGAUUUUAGUUUACUAAAA